AUGGCUGAGAAAAAUAAAUAUUAUGUUGUGUUCAAAGGCAAGAAUGUAAGAAUUAUCAAAGAUUGGAUUAGUUGUCAUGCACAAGUAGUUAGGUACAAUGGAAGGCUAUAUGAUGGGUUUGAGAUGUUUGAGGAGGCUGAAACAACACGUAUGAAGCUCUACAAGGAUGAGAUUAUACCUCAACCCAUUGAAGAUGUCAAGGAGUCGCAAACAUGGAAUGCUAGUGCAAGUAGCAGUGAGGAAGUGUCAUUUGAAGAAAUAUCAUUGCUUGCGAAUUUAUCAUGUUUUGUAACUGGUUUGGAUUACCUGAAAGCGCUUGUAGAGACGAAACAGACGGGCAUCCAAGCCAUUGAAAAGAUGAGGACAUCGUGGUUGAAGUUAGCAAGUAGGAUUUACUGUAUCAUGUCUGUCAUAAUCUAG